GACCCCCAAGUGGCGGCACGCCGCGCGGAUCCGCUCCAGCGACGCCCGUCGGCGCCCGCCGCCGCAACCCGCCGUCGGCCGCGGCGUCGCCCGCUGCUGGCUCGCCCCUCGCCGGCUCGCCCGCGGCGCCGUCGCCCGCCGUCGGCACCCCCGCUCCCGCCCGCCCGGGCGCGUCCCCGCUGCCGGGGUCGUCUCCGCCCUGGACGCGGCGGUCGCGCGGCGUCGCCGCCUCGCCCGUGCCGCAGUCGUCCUCAGGGCGCCGCAGGCAUGGGCGGGGCUUCAUGGCCUCCACGCCCGCAGGGGCGCCGGGGCGCGGCGCGGACCCAGACUUCGACGAAAAUGCCGCGGACCUCGAGACGGAGGAGAGGGCACGUACCUCUACGGCACCGACAUCAAGGAGACCAGUGUCCUUGUGGAGGUCCACAGGUUCAUACGGAGCUUUCGCGCCCAGGAGACAGUGGGCGACCGGUCGACCUACCUGCAGCAGCUGGACCAGCUGUGGGAGGCCGCCAAGACCGACUCUAUGAUGGAGAAGGGGAUCGUCUUCGAGGUGCAAGGCGGUCACGUUCACGAGUUUUCCCCGACGCUCUACGGCCACCUCGUCAACUUCCCCACGGAGGUCAUCCCCAUCUUCGAUCGCGAGCUGUGGAACAUCUCCGUGCGCGAGCUUCGCGCGGACCCUGAGUCCCUCGGCGUUUGCAAGGUACAGGUGCACAGUCUCUUGGACAGGGAUUGCAAGAUCAUGCGCAACAUGAACCCAUCAGACAUCGAGAAGCUCAUCACCAUCAGGGGCAUCGUGAUUCGCUGCUCCGAUCUGGUGCCAGACAUGCGGUCCGCGGUCUUCCGCUGCCAGGACGAGAACUGCAAGAACGAGGAGGCGGUUGGCCUGAGCCACUGGACCAUUGAGGAGCCCACCCGGUGCCAGCGCUGCAACGGAAACCGCACGUUCCAGAUAGUCCACAACGAGUGCACGUUCCUGGACAAGCAGGUCCUGAAGCUGCAGGAGACGCCUGAGCUCGUGCCUGAGGGCGAGACUCCGCAGAACGUGGCCGUGACGUGCCACGAGUGGCUCGUGGACCAGGUCCGUCCCGGCGACCGCGUGGAGGUGACCGGCAUCUUCCGCGCCACUACGGUGAAGCCCAUGGCGAACUGGCAGCAGUGCUUCUCGGUCUACCGCACCUACGUCGACGCCAUCUCCAUCACCUCCGAGGCUGCGGGCCGCAUCGAUCAGCCCGUGGAGGACAUCGACUCGCUGCUCAAGGAGGGGGCGCCGAGCCUGGCAGACAAGAAGGACCUCGACCCCGACCUCAACAAGGAGGAGGACAUCACGUGGAAUCUGAAGGUCAGAGAGCUCGCGCAGGAGCGGGACGCCGACGGGGCGCUUACCGUGGUGAGCAAGCUCGUCCAGUCCUUCGCGCCCUCGAUCUUCGAGGAGGACGAGGUCAAGAAGGGCCUGCUCUGCCAGCUGUUCGGGGGCACCCCGAAGCUCCUCAACACCACCACCAAGGGAAGGUGCCGCCCAGAGAUCAACACGCUGCUGUGCGGCGACCCCUCCACCGCCAAGUCUCAGCUGCUGCAGUACGCCUACAAGCUCGCACCUCGCGGCGUGUACACUUCGGGCAAGGGAAGCAGCGCUGUGGGCCUUACCGCCUCCAUCAACAAGGACCCAGCGACCGGCGAGCUGGUCCUGGAGAGCGGAGCCCUGGUGCUGGCGGACCGGGGCGUCUGCUGCAUCGACGAGUUCGACAAGAUGGACGAGAGCGCACGCGCCAUCUUGCACGAGGCGAUGGAGCAGCAGACGGUCAGCGUGGCGAAAGCUGGCAUCGUCUGCUCGUUGAACGCCCGCAGCUCCAUCCUUGCGUCGGCGAACCCGAAGGACUCGGCCUACGAUCCAAAAAUGUCAAUCGUAGAGAACAUCAAUCUGCCGAAGAACCUGAUGACCCGCUUCGACUUCAUAUGGCUCAUGCUGGACAAGCGCCAGAAGGAGAAUGACCGGAGGUUGGCGGGGCAUCUGAUUUCCAUGUACACAGAGGCGGGCGCUCGUAAUCGGGUCGAUCCCACCAUCAACAGCGAGCUCUUCCGCCGCUACGUUUCUUUUGCGAAGCGAUGGGUGUUCCCCAAGCUGACGGACGAUUCCGAGGCUGCGCUCAUCAAGGGCUACAUCGACCUGCGCAACCAGGGCACCUCCCGUGAGGCGAUCACGGCCACGCCGCGCAUCCUGGAAACCUUGAUCCGCACCUCGGAGUCUUUGGCCAAGAUGGAGCUCAGAGAAACGGUCACGACCGCAGACGUCGAGGAGGCCAUCCGGCUGCUGAAGGCGGCCACCUACGCUGCGGCCGUUGACCCGGAGACUGGCUUGAUUGACAUGGAGCAGCUCAUCGUGGGCAUGGGGGCCGCCCGCCGCAAGCGCAACAAGGAAUUGGAGCAGCUGCUGCAGGACAUCGUCGGCGAGGCCGGCGACCGGCAGCUCGGCCAGGAGCAGGUGAAGGUGGCCCUGAACGAGAAGCUCGGGGAGCGCAAGGAGCAGCUGGCCAGCGACGCGGAGCUGAGGUCCGCGCUGUUCUCGCUGGAACAGCAGGGCGCCAUUCGCCGCCAGGGUAAGAUGAUCGAGGGGCGCGCCAGCUGA